AUGAAGUUCAAUUUAUGGCCAAGUGUAAUUUAUCCAGUUGAGGUUGAUAUAGACAUUGAAGAGCUAAAGAAAGGAUUCUUCCUGAAGAAAUCAAUUCAAGUUGUCCCUGUAUGGUCAAAGUUCAAGAUUGCUUCAAUUAGCAAAAUUGACAUACGAAAAUUUAGAAAGAUGCAAUAUGCAUUCUUUAAAGGAAGAAGGACAGACAACUCUGAAUUGAUGUUUUCUGAAGCUGAUUUCCCUAAAAUAAACCAAGUUGAUAUCAGAUCACUGAUCAUUUGGUUGAAACAAAGGGUGAGUACAGAUAAAGCUUAUGUAGAUGUUCUACAACGCCUAAGGCAAUAUGUGCUCGACAUGGUUAUUGAUUUCAGUGUUGACUGGUAG